GACACCUCCGCCGUCCCCAGUGCCACCUCUGCCUUCCGCCGGCCACCCCGGGGUCCCCCGGGCCACCGGAGCCUCCCCGGCCGUGGUGGAACAGGAGAAGGAGCCCACCGGGGCCAUCGGGACCUGGCGGGGGGACGGGGACCGACGUCUGCCACUUGUCACCGGUGGUGGCCCCACGGGGCCCCAGCGCCUCCGGUUCCUCCCCUUCCUGCGGGGAAGGGACCCCUGAGACGUGGGGGCUGCGUGAAGAGCUGAGGACCUCACCUCCACUGGGAUCUCAUCUUCACCAGGACCUCACCUGCAUCAGGACCUCACCUGCAUCAGGACCUCACCUCCAGCAGGAUCUCCUCUCCAUCAGCUCCUGUCCAGAAGCUGAUGGUUGCAUCCUCUUCCACCAGCUCCUCCGCUGAAGUUCUCCCCACCAGGACCCACCUCGGUGAAGUUCUCCCCACCAGGACCCACCUCGGUGAAGUUCUCCCCACCAGGACCUCCAGCAGCUGGUCCCGGUGUCCCCAUGGAGGCGUGGCGCCAAUGUGCCCACUGGCUGGUGGCCGCGCGCGUCCUGCCCGCGGGACACCGGGCCAGCAGCCCCGGGGGACAGGUGUGGGACCUGGCGCAGGUGCUGCGGGACGGGGUCCUGCUGUGCCACCUCCUCAACGCCCUCCUGCCCCGCGCCGUGCCCCCCCGGGACAUCUGUCCCCGGCCCCAGAUGUCACAGUUCCUGUGCCUGAGAAACAUCCGCACCUUCCUGACCGCCUGCGCCGACAAAUUCGGGCUCCCCAAGCACCGGCUCUUCGGCGCCUUCGACCUCUUCGAUGUCCAGGACUUCGGCAAGGUGAUUGAGACGCUCUCAGCGCUCUCCUGGACCCCGAUCGCGCAGAGCAAAGGACUCACGCCGUUCCCGUCCGAGGACAGCGUUGGGGACGAUGACAUUUACAGCGGCCUCUCCGACCUCAUCGAUGACACGGCCGAGGAGGACGAUGACCUCUACGACUGCGUGGAGGCCGAAGGGGACGACGGCGACGACGUCUACGAGGACCUGAUGAGGGUCGAGCCCCCUCCGGCCGCGAAGGGGGGGGUGGACCGGCGGCUCUGCUGCCUCCAGGAGCUGCGGCAGACGGAGGAGAGGUACACGGAGACCCUGGAGUCCAUCUGCCAGCACUUCCUGCGGCCACUGCGGCACUUCCUGAGCCCCCAGGACAUGGAGAGCGUCUUCAUCAACGUGGAGUACCCCCAGUACCCCUUCCCAGUACCCCUAGUAUCCCCAGUACCCCCCAGUACCCCUUCCCAGUACUCCCAGUUCCUGCUCUACGGCCGCUACUGCAGCCAGGUGGAAGCGGCCGCGCGGCGCCUGGACCAACUGUCCACCUGCACUGACCUGCGCAUGAAGCUGCAGGAGUGCUCCCAGCGCGCCAACAACGGGCGCUUCUCGCUGCGGGACCUGCUGAUGGUGCCCAUGCAGAGGGUGCUGAAAUAUCACCUGCUGCUCCAGGAGCUGGUGAAGCUGACCCCGGAUGUGGCCGAGCGGGAGCGGCUGCGGGGGGCGCUGGACGCCAUGAGGGACCUGGCCCAGUGCGUGAACGAGGUCAAACGGGACAACGAGACCCUAAAGCAGCUCACGAGCAUCCAGCUGUGCCUGCACAACAUGCCGCAGUCCCUGGCGCAGUUCGGGCGCCCCAAGAUCGACGGGGAGCUGAAGGUCUCCAGCACCGAGAGACGCUCCAAGGUGGACAGGUACGGCUUCCUGCUGGACAAGGCCCUGAUCAUCUGCAAGCGCCGCGGGGACUCCUACGAGACCAAGGGCGUGGUGGAGCUGCAGAGCCACCAACUGCGGGACGGUGGCCUCGGGCCCCGCGACGGCAAGAAGUGGUCCCACACCUUCGUGCUGCUGGACCCGGCCGGGCUGCAGGACUACGAGCUCUUCUUCAAGACGCGCGAGCUGAAGAAGAAGUGGCUGGAGCAGUUUGAGAUGGCCCUGUCCAACAUCUUCCCCGAGCACGCCCUGGCCGACGGACACGACUUCCAGAUGUUCUCCUUCGAGGACACCACGUCCUGCAGAGCGUGCCAGAUGUUACUGAGAGGCACCUUCUACCAGGGCUAUCGCUGCAGCCGCUGCCGGGCCCCCGCCCACAAGGAGUGCCUGGGGCGCGUGGGGACCUGCGGGAAGGCCGGAACUGAUUCCGGCGCACGGAAGAACAAAUCGCAGCGGCCGGGACCCGACCGGAAACGGGAGGAGCUGGGACUCCCCAAAAUGGAGAGCACCCAGGCCUACGGCGGCGUGCCCCCCCCGCCGGGGGUCCUGGCGCCCCCCCUGCGCCUCAGCCCCGGUGACGUCAUCGAGGUGACGGCGGCCGAGGCCGAGGAGCUCUGGUGGCAGGGCCGGAACGUGGCCAGCGGGGAGCUGGGCUGGUUCCCCAGCAGCGCCGUCAGACCCUUCGUGUCCGUGCCGCUGCCGGAUCUCUCCGCCUACCCCUGGUUCGGGGGGCCCCUGGAGCGCGCGGGGGCCGAGCAGGUUCUGUCCCCGCGCUCCGACGGCGCCUUCCUGGUGCGGCAGCGGCUCCGCGAGCCCGGGGACUUCGCCAUCAGCCUCAAGUACCGCGGGCAGGUGAAGCACAUCAAGGUCACGGCCGGCCAGGGCCUCUACUGGGUCACCGAGAAAAAAGCCUUCAAGGGGCUGGUGGAGCUGGUGGAGUUCUACCGGCGGAAUUCCCUGCGGGAUUGUUUCAAGGCGCUGGACACGACCCUGGCCGUGCCCUACAGGGACCCCCAGAGCCGCGCGGGGCCCCGGGAGCCGGGUGCCACCCGCAGUUUCGGCUCGGCCAAGGCUCGCUACGACUUCAGCGCGCGGGACCGGACGGAGCUGUCGCUGCGGGAAGGGGACAUCGUGCGCGUCCUCAGCAAGAGGGGACAGCCCGGCUGGUGGAAAGGGGAGAUCUACGGCCGGGUCGGGUGGUUUCCCGCCAAUUACGUGGACGAGGAAUAUUCGGAUUAUUGCUGAGACCGACGCGUCACUGUCAUUGUCACCCCCACAUCGGUGUCACCCUGUCACUGUCACCCCCGUGUCACUGUCACCCCCCCGU